GAAAUAUGGCGGAUGCGAUAAAAUUUCGCAUACAUGAAUGAAAAUGUUAUGCACUGAAUGUGACGGAUUAGCUUUUGAGAUAAUUUCAGAUACAGAAUGGAAGCAUUUUUACGUGAAGAACUAGAGGACGAAAACUUGAAGUGUUUAGGUAUUGCUGGGUCAGGCUAUAUUAGUGAAGGAUUUACAUACAAAACAGGAAAAGGGGAAUUGAUCUUUGUCAAGAUCAACAGAAAAGCUGAGGCUCGGCAGAUGUUUGAUGGGGAAUAUAGGAGUUUGGAAUGUUUAUAUGCUGCAGACAUUGUUCAAGUUCCAAAACCAAUUAAAGUAAUAAACCUUCCAGAAAGAGGCUCAGCACUGAUAAUGGAACAUGUUCAGAUAAACAGUCUGUCCUCACAAGCUGGAAAGUUAGGAGAAUCGAUGGCAAGGCUACAUUUGCUAAACUCGGAGAUGUUGGAGAAGUCGAAGAAAGUUGAGAAGUAUGUAGGGAAAGCAAACAAACUAACUCCUGUUAUUCAGUAUGGAUUUGACACAACCACGUGUUAUGGAUAUAUACCCAUGGACAACACUUGGCAAGAUAACUGGCCGGAUUUUUAUUCCAGGAAACUAAAACAACAAAUGGAUAUUUUAGAAGAUGUUCAUCGCGACAAAGAAGCAAGGGAGUUGUGGUCUGAAUUACAAGUGAAACUACCUGCGUUAUUUGACAAUUUAAAUAACAUUCAACCAGCCCUAAUGCAUGGGGAUCUGUGGAAAAAGAAUGUUGGCGAAAAUGAAUAUGGACCAGUGGUUUUUGACCCUGCGAGCUUCUAUGGCCAUUCUGAGUUUGAUUUAGCCUUGACCAGGACGUUUGGUGGCUUCAGUGCAUCAUUUUUUGACAACUACCACAGGCUUAUUCCACAGGCCCCUGGCUUCAGACAGAGAGCAGAUCUAUACGAACUCUUCUUUUAUCUCAUUCAUUGGAACCAUUUUGGAAUGUCAUAUAGAGAUCAGUCCAUUUCAGCAUUUUGUCGCUUACUCAGGAUCAGAUGAGCCAUCAAAGAUUGCCUCUAGUAGUGCUACAUUAAAACCUAAAGAUUCCAGAUCUUCGUCAUACUGAAGAAUACGUGAAGAAAGUAGUGAUGAAAACGUUUUACAGUGAUUUUUUAUCUGUCUUCAGUUGAUUACAUUACAUGAUUGUUGAUUACAAUUUGUAUUGAACCUA